AUGGCUAUCAGAAAGAGCACAAGUUGGCGGACAGCCCGUGUUUCCAAGAAACUGUGGAGCACGUUCAGGACCAACUAUCAUUUGGGCUUCACUGCCUUUGGAGGCCCGCCAGUGCAUUUCAAGAUUCUCCGCGAGAAAUUUGUGGUCAAGCUGGGAUGGAUCGAUGAACAAAUUUACCAAGAGCUUUUCAGCGUGUGCCAGGCCUUCUCUGGACCUGGCAGCACCAAGAUGCAUUACUGCAUUAACCUGAUCCACGAUGGGUUCCUGUCUGCCUUGCUGGGGUUUUUUAUCUGGAGUUUGCCUGGCGCUCUCGGCAUGUACGGCCUUUCCCGUCGGAUUUCCAAUGUUGGCGACUCUCUGCCUGGCCCAGUCUACGCCCUGCUCUCCGGUCUCAACGCUUCGACCGUGGCAUUAUGUGCUGUGCGCUGUCAGCUAUCAGAAGCAUCACUGAUCCUUGACCGCAUGAUGUCUCGUCGCAGCGCAGCUGGAUCUCUACACGCGUGUGGUAUUUCUCUCCUGAUGCUGUGCAGUGUCGUCACGGUGUGUAUGACUUUCGCUGGCUUCAUCCCUCGCCAAAGGUGUGCUGGAACUGGUCAAGAAUCACGAAAAAAGAGCCGUGCUCCAGAGAAUGAGUCUAUAGAAUUACCGGAAACGCAACGGGACGAUAGAAGUAGCGCUGUCUCGCGAGAGCACGAGGCGCCACCGAACCGCAACGACGCGGUCGAUACCCUCCCCAUUACUGAGAACCAACGCUCCGAAGCCGAGACAGAGCCUCGGGUGGUCCCAACAGAGCGUGUUCUGGACUUCUCCUGGGCCAUUGGUCUUGCCAUCAUUGUCUUCUUCCUUAUCACGUUCACAGUGGUCAUGGUCCUCCGCGGCGUGCUGCCCACGAAACCGCUUCUCUACAGCUUCUUCGCCAACAUGUACCUCGCCGGAACGAUCAUCUUUGGCGGGGGUCCCGUGGUCAUUCCUCUUUUGCGAGAGUACGUUGUCGCCGAAGGCUGGGUCAGCCCCCGCGAUUUCCUCAUCGGCCUCGCCAUUCAGCAGAGCUUUCCGGGCCCCAACUUCAACUUCGCCGUCUACCUCGGCGCACUGACAGCAAUCAACGGAGGCUACAGCUCGGCCGCCGGCGCGGUGCUUGGUUACAUCGGCAUAUUCGCCCCAGGCCUUAUCACCGUGCACGGAACGAUGGGCAUUUGGAGCGCCAUCCGUGGUCUGCGAUGGGUCAAGUCGCUGCUGAGGGGUGUCAAUGCCGGUGCCGUUGGGCUCAUAUACACAGCCGUCUACAGAUUGUGGCAGAUUGGCUACAUCGACCAAGACUUCCAGCAGGGAACAAGCUUGGCGCAGGAACCGUGGUGGGUGGUUGUCACGGCGUCGAGUUUUGUCUUUGGGUAUUCUUUCAGCGUAAACCCGCCCGUCGUCAUCGUCAUGGGUGCCGUGCUCGGGCUUACCUGGUACGGCGUCGUCACGGCGUAG